GAGAGAGAGAGAGAGAGAGAGAGAGAGUUUUUGGGUGGGGGUCUCUUCUGUCCCCUCUUGUUUCCGUGGUCACGCUGCCGGACACACUCACACUUUCACCAUGGCCGCCUCAGAGACAUGCAGCACCAUUGAACCUCUCCAGCCGGAGUCUCCAGAACCCUGUGUUUCGGUGUCAGAUGCGGAGCAGAACCAAGACCAGGAUCAAGAUCCGGCCCUUCAAAACCAGGAUAAAGAUGGGGAGAAAGACGAAGGUGACGGUUCCAAAGCAGAACCUGAACUUCAGAACCGGGAACCUUUGGACUCUGACUGGGUGGAGGAGAGCUUCCGGAUAGACCGAAAGAAACUUGAACUCAUGCUGUACGCUCCUGCAGAAGGGUCUGGACCAACAGGAGAUGAGUUCUUUGAACGGGUGAUGAGAGAAACAGGCACGCAGGUGAAAUGGCCGUCCAAGCUGAAGAUCGGAGCAAAGUCAAAGAAAGAUCCUCAUGUUAAAGUGGAAGGAAAGAGAGAAAAUGUUCUUGAGGCUAAACAGAAGAUUCUGGAACUGCUUGAGACUAAGGUGAAUAAAGUGACUCUGAAGAUGGACGUCGCUCACACCGAACACUCUCAUGUGAUCGGUAAAGGGGGCGGGAACAUUAAGAAGGUCAUGGAGGAAACUUCCUGUCACAUUCAUUUUCCGGAUUCUAACCGGAACAGCGCAGCAGGAGAAAAGAGUAACCAGGUGUCUAUAGCCGGGCCGGUGCAUGGGGUUGAGUCUGCUCGGGCACACAUUCGGGCCCUGCAGCCCCUGGUGCUGACCUUUGACCUCCCAGUAACCCUUGCGGGGGGUGCGGUGGCAGAUACGGGGUCACCGGUGAUACAGCAUCUGGCUCAAGCGUUCGGAGUGAAUGUGAGCUUCAGAACUCAACCUCAACUCUACUGCAACACCUGCACCGUGAGAGGAACCCACAGCAACAGUGCGGCUGUGAAGAAGGCGACGUGCGUGCUGAUGGAGCUGCUCCUUGGCCCGGAGGCGGUUGCCGGGGUAACGGGGGUGGUGGUGAGCACCCAGCUGGACGUCACCUCUCAACAGCAUUUGUUCCUGUUGGGUCAAAACGGAGUGAAUUUUCUCACAGUGAUGCAUCAAACGCAGACACAGAUCAUCCUCCCGGACCUGAGCGCUCCGCAACACGCACCCUCGCUCAUGAUUCAGGGCACAGCUGAUGGAGUGUGUCUCGCUCGACAGCAACUGAUGGACUGCCUGCCGGUUUGCCUGAUGUUUGAUUUAAAAGACGAGGGUGAGUCUGAACCUCGGAAACUCACCCAGAUGAUGCAAAACCUGGGAGUUUUUAUCAGCAUCAAACCAAAGGUCAAGCAGACAGCAAAGUCGGUGGUUGUGAAGGGUUUGGAGAGAAACAUUGUGAAUCUGUACAAGGCCAGACGUCUGCUGCUCGGCCUGGACUCCAGUGAUGUAUCCAUGACGACCAAGAAUUUGUGUGAGGUAUCUAUGGCAACCAAGUCUUCUGUGGACCCUCUGGUGGCCAAUAAUGGAAUGACGGGCUACUGGUUAAACAUACUGAUGCAACAACUACGCCUCACUGAGACAGAGGCUGUUAUUGGCUCUCUCUCUGGAAAGCCACGCCCCUCUGUUCCACCUGGAUUGGCGGUUACAUCAGAAGAUGGGAGGACUGGACUUAAAUUGACAGACUUAAAAUUAGAGAAGAUUCCAGAGAAUGAAGAUCAGCAGUCACAUGAUGAGAUGGAGAGCAAUGUCACGCCACACGCAGAGGUGACAGAGGUUAAAGAGGUUGUUGUCAGAGCAACUGCAUCAUCGAGGAGAGGGAGCCAAUCAGAGGGCCCCAGGGAGUCGCACCAGGAGCCACGGCAAUCACUCGCAUCUGAAAUCUCACAGAGGUCAGUGAGGGCAGAGAUGGAUGGUGUUUAUUUGAACAGAGACAGACGCUGUAGUCUGAGAGUUUUCCCCUCGAUGGAAGAGGAUCCGGAGUAUGAGAGAAAGAAACUUCUGGCAAAUCGAGCCAUGCAACAGAAGCCAGUGGUAACUGAGGUCCGGACCCCCACAGAUACCUGGAGUGGGAUGGGCUUCUCGAAAUCAAUGCCCACUGAAGCUGUGAGAGAACUGAGAGCGGUGAAUCGACGGUGCUAUAGACCCUACCAGCAACAGUCGUGGAAUGCUCAGACUGGGAAGGAACGUGGCUGUAACGGCAGCAAUUCGGAGAACUGGAGGGAAAGAAGGGGAUCUUUAUCUUCAUCACCACCUGAGUCAUCAUCGCCUUCCUUUCAGACCUACAGUUUGUCAGCUGCCCGACCAUUGGAGAGCUACCUGACCAGCUCUAACCAAUCUGAGGGCGGAUCUGCAGUGCCCAGACAUUUGAUUGGCAGGUCACCUAGCCCCACCCACACGGAUGAUCUUGUAGAGUUACUGGGACAGUUGGGUCUGGGGAAGUACAUCGAUAUAUUCCAGGAACAAGAGAUUGAUUUUCAGACCUUCCUAACGCUUACAGACGAGGACUUAAAGGAAGUGGGUGUGAGCACAUUUGGAGCACGCCGAAAGAUGAUUCUCGCCAUCACGGAUUUGAGUAAAAAGAGGAAAUUUCCAGAAACGGUCACUCUGAAGACUGGGUACCUGGAAGGGGGGGCAAGCGGCCGUCUUCCACGGAUUGUGGACGAGGAUGUGGCCGCCAAAAGUAACCGCUGGUGAUAAACUGCAGUGACUGCAAAGACUAAGUUUCCUACAUUGCACCUGGGAUCAGUUAAAGCUUCCUGUCAUGUGGCCCUCAGGGACCAAUCAAAGUGUAAUACGUGAUAGAUGAUUACCAUAAUAAGGCAGAGAGGACAGAUGUGUUAUUGGUCUCAGCGGAAACAUGCUGAGAUGUAUGACCUUCACUGCCUGUCCAGCACCAACACUUAUUAUGCAAGAAUGUCUCUUUUCUGUGUCUCUGUAUCUCUUCUUGUCACCGGUCUUGUGUCUAUGCAACACUUUAUGGCCUUUAUAAUUGUUAAACAAGAAUAUUUUCAGUUC